UUGGACAACCUGGCAGAAUCCCAGCCCUCAUACUUUCUUCAGGUAGCAUGGCAGUUAGGCACAGAAAGGGUGCGACAGCUGACAACCUGGCAAAUCCCAGCCCUCAUACUUUCUUCAGGCAGCAUGGCAGUAGCUCGGGUGCGCUGUUUGGUUGUUGGUCUGUUCGCCGGGCUUGGUAGUUGGAUUGCAAACGUUUCAUCACCAAUCGAAGUGACAUCUUCUUACCGUCGUUAUUUUGUCAAAACCGUCGAAUGUGGCAGGUUCGGGUCAACACAUAGUUCAGCUGUGGCACCCUUUAGGUUCCUAAUUGCCAUGCCACCAGAAGGAAGCACGAGGGCUGUGCUACUGCCAGGUUGCUCAAGCCUGGGCAGGGAAAGUCGAGAGCCAGAGGUCGGGUUCGAACCA